CUUAGCUGUUCCUUUACUCCUAUGCAUCUGUCCAUUCGGUUGUCCACAUUCAAGUACACCCAUCCACACAAAAGCACUUAAUCUUAGUGCAUCCUUCUCUAUCUGCUCCCUUCCUCCCUCUCUCCCUUCCUUCCUUCCUUCCUCCCUUUUUUUUAAACGAAUCUCGUCUUCGAAUUUUUCGUCCCUUAUACUUUUCUUCUCUUUCAUACUUUUCUUCUCUUUCAUACUUUUCUUCUCUUUCAUACUUUUCACUUUUCGAUAUGGUUGCAUUGGCUGUAGACUCUCAGCUUUUGCGCAAAGCCAAUUCGACAUUCCAUGCCAGACGUAUUCAAUUCAAGGAGUCGACGCGACUAGACCUUAAGCAAGAGCGUUUGAAAAAGAAGUAUAGACCUGUCAAUGCUCCUGCUGACAAACCUACGGUUAACAAAACUGUUUCCUCCAGCGAUGCUUCUGCUGCGACUGCCGUAUCUUACUCUGGUGGCUCUGCAUCAAGUAUUGCUACAGAGGACUCUAAUGGCUUCAGACUACCUGCCAAGGUCCUUUAUAGCAAAGAUAAAGUUCAGCUGGCCUGGCCACAACCACGACCAAUCGGGCCUGGAUUGAAUAACCUCGGAAACACUUGCUUCCUCAACUCGGUCCUUCAGUGUCUGACCUAUACUGCCCCUUUGGCCAACUAUCUGCUGUCAAAUCAGCAUAGCGACUCAUGCAAAACGACCAAUUUUUGUAUGAUGUGUGUGCUUGAGAAGCAUGUGUCACGUUGUUUCUCUCAUAAUAUGAACGAAGCGAUUGCUCCAAAAGUUAUCGUAGGACGUCUCAGGAAUAUUGGAAAGCAGUUCAGAAUCGGACGUCAAGAGGAUUCCCAUGAAUUUGCAAGAUGUUUGAUUGACGCACUUCAAAAGAGUUGCUUGGUGGGCUAUGACAGUAAAUUAGACAAUCGGGUUAAGGAAACAACUAUCAUUCAUCAAAUCUUUGGCGGUUAUUUCCAGAGCCAGGUCAAGUGUCUGAAAUGUGGUUAUGAAUCCAAUACCUUUGAGACCUACCUUGAUGUUAGCUUGGAUAUUCGAGGCUCAGAAAGUGUACAAAAGGCGCUUCGUGAUUAUACAAAGCCAGAAAUUUUGUCAAAGAGCAAUCAAUAUAAAUGUGACAAAUGUAAAACACUUGUGGAUGCACGAAAGCAAAUGACCAUUUACGACGCUCCAAAGAUUCUUUGUGUCCAUUUAAAGAGAUUCACAUAUACAGGACAAAAAAUCAACAGGCACAUCAGCUUUGAAACGAACUUGGAACUCAAUUCGGUCAUGAGCACCAAUAAGAAACACCCUGAUCUCUCUUACAGUCUGUAUGCGGUGCUUGUCCAUGUAGGGGGAUCAUGCUAUAGUGGUCAUUAUUAUUGCUACGUGAAGAGUUCCAAUGGUAUAUGGUAUUCUAUGAACGAUUCUCAUGUGAGCGUGGUUAGCCUCCAAAGUGUCUUAAACCAGAAUGCCUAUAUGCUCUUCUAUACCCAAGACAAGAAGGCUACAAGCAGAGUAGCUACAACUACAGUGAACGGUAUGAGCCCCAAUGGACCAGCAGUCAAACACACCAAGACCAGUUUGGUUCAAAUGAAGAGGCCUCGGAUAGAGGAAGAUGAUCUUGGAGACAAGGUGGAUCGUUCAACAUUACCCCCAAAGGAGAAGCGUGUAAAAUAUAUGGAAUCAGCACCAUUAAGCGAUCCACAGGGACAGUCCAAAGAAGAAAGAAGGAGAUCGAAAAAGGAGCGUAAGAGAGCUAAAAAGCUGGAGACACUCAUGGCGUCAAAAUCAGAGAUGAAUGACUACGAACUCGCUACGUCGACUGGAUCUACUUCAACUUCUAAAGCAAUUUCAUCAAUGGGAGCACCCUUGCCUUCAGGAUCUCAAACAAUAUUUGGAGUAUCUAUGGCCAAUGGAGCUGGGUCCUCCAGAAGUCAAAGCCCUCUUGCUGAUCUUGACACUAUCUUCAAAGGAUCAACAGCCAAGUCGUCAUUGAAGCCCACAGCUAUUUCUAUCCCUACCAAACCCCAUUCAGACUGGAAGAUCACCGAUGGGGCUAUGAAGUCUCCGGUUGCGGAAGAGCUUCGUCAGAUGAAACUUCAUGAGCAAAAGAAGAAGGAAGACAAGGAGAGCGAUCUAAACAACGACAGGGACAAGUCAGCAGACGAGGUGGAGCAGGAUGGCUGGAUAGUCAAGUCUAAGGCGGCUAUGGAAGCCGUUGUGGUGUCUCAUGAUGAAUCAUCAGUUUCGAAGAAAGAGAAACUACAGGCUCUGAUUGAGCGUGAGUCCAAGUUUAGGAGUGCAGAAGUUAAGGAGGCUAUUCUAAGUGAGCAAAAACACAUGCUCGGAAGUAAGAUCUCGACAUGGGACGAGCCCAGCUUAGAGUUGACUAAGGCUCGUGAGGAUAUUUUGCGUACAUUGAAGCCGAAACACCAUCGACCUGAUGCCUAUGAUGUCGAGUAUGAUCGUGGAAAAGUGAAAAAAGUCAAGAAUAAGAACAAAGGCUUGUUGGCCAUCGGAGCCAAUCCCAAGAAUAAGUUUCAAUUUGAGCAGGAUGUCCGAAAUCUUGUUAAGCCCAAGUUUUCAAAGAACAAGAAUAACAGCAAGCGGGUGCCUAAUGCUCUUUAAUUUUUUUUUUUUUCCUUUUCUUUUAAAAAAAAUGUGAUGCUUGUAGUUUUUUUUCUGUAUUUGAUCUUCUACAUUCAUUGUUCUUUUUUAUUAUUUUAUUUUAUUUCAUCGUACAUUAGUUAUUUUUAUUGCUCCAUUGCAUAGAUUUCACAUUUAAUAGACUGCAAAGCCGCACAGACUAUUUGUGAAUCCGAUGCUCAUUUUGUACUUUACAAAGUUAAGGUUUUAUUACGCCCCAGAACCACAAUUUUUUUUUUCCCACGCAUUCCCUGUAACAUAUCGGUGGCCAACUAUCGUUCUUCUGAAAAUGCCAACCAUCUAGGAAAUUAUACACAUAAGAAAAAAAGUCAAUUCAUUUUUACUGCUUGGCAUGUUGCUUAACGAGAUCGUCGUGCGGCACAAUGUGGCUAAAUGCAGGCUAUACAUUAUUCAAAG